CAGUGCUUGGCAGAGUAGGGCAUGGCGCUGCUCAGCGUUCCGCUACGUUGAGCGUCAUAGCCAUCCUUUCGAAGAUGCGACUCAUUCUCUCGGUAAUUUGCUCGUUGUGAUAUGGCCAUUCAUACAUGCUGGCUGUGAUUUACGUCUCUUUUCCGACUUGAUCACUAAAUCAACCAUAGUUGGGAACAUUAUUGCCUGAUCAGUUUCAUCUAUGACCUCGCUGGCAUUUCACCUUGGCUUCUUGCUCGCCGCGGCACUGCUCGGCAGUGUCGCGUCGGUCGAUGAAGACUAUGGAGAACUGAAGCUUGUUCAUCUUCUCUACCGACAUGGCGACAGAACUCCGAUUGACUUUUAUCCCAAUGACCCAUAUCAAGACCCAAAGUACUGGCCUGUUGGACCUGGAGAACUCCUAAAUGCAGGGAAAGAGCGUCAAUAUGAACUGGGAGAAUUCCUCAAAAAACGCUAUGAAGGAUUCCUGAGUCCAAUGUACAGUAUACCAGAAGUCUAUGUGAGAAGCACAGACUAUGACCGCACACUGAUGAGUGCACAGGCGAACUUGGCUGGACUGUUUCCACCUCAGGGAAGCCAGAUUUGGAAUCCAAAUAUCUCCUGGCAGCCCAUCCCCGUUCACACAGUCUCGCCAUCUGAUGACUAUCUGCUGUCCCCUGACUCCACUUGUCGUACAGCAACUGAUGAACUGGAGUCCUUAAAGUACAGGCUUCCCUUUGUUGGAGAGAUGGUAGACAGAGCUGAGAAGCUCCUGAUGGGGAUUCAGGCCGACACUGGCUUGACCCCGCAUGGGAAUGUUAUCAGUCAAGUGGACUAUCUGUCAGACACAUUGAAGAUUGAGUCUUCCUUCAACUACACUUUGCCAAACUGGACCCAUGGAAUAUACCCUAAUCAGACCAAGCCUAUCUCAGACUUCAGCUUCAUGUUGAAGUCUCUCACACCCACACUCAAACGGCUGCGGGGAGGUCCCCUGGUUUACACAAUGGUGAAGAACAUGGAGGACAAGGUAGCAAGGAAGUCAAGGAUGGAGAAGCUGAAGGUUGUCAUGUACUCAGGACAUGACACCACAGUGUCCAUGUUCCUUGGCUCUCUGAACAUCUUUGAUCCUCACCAGCCUGGAUAUGCCUGCUUGGUCACUGUGGAACUCAGAGAGAAAAAUGCUGUCCAUUAUGCUAGAGUGAUGUAUCGUAACGAGACAGGGGACUACAACCUUCGCAUACCUGGCUGUGAUCACAUGUGUCGGCUCGAGGAGUUUGCAAGGCUCACUGAACCGGUCCGCAUUUCUCCGCAGCAAUGGGGCAUUGAGUGCCAAAAUCAGCCUUCCAUCUUCUCCUCCAACCUCCUCCUAGUGGUGAACAUAUCUUGCCUCCUGGUCGUUCUGCUCAUCCUGUCAACCACGCUGCUCGUGUUGUACUGGAACAAGCAUCGGCAGGUCCGGGGCUACACGUCCCUCCCUUCCGCCGACGCCAGUUGACAUCUUCAUUUUCUUCUUUUUUUGCAUUGACUCUUGUCUUUCUUGCUGGGCAUUUGGUUAUGACUUUUUUUUUUCUUUGUGUCUCAUCUCUCUCCCUCUUGUCUCUUUGUCCCUUUCUUUAUUUUGCAUUUCUUCACUGCAUUCUACUUUUGAUUUAUACCUUAAAGACAGGGGCCUUCCUUGAGAGUUUCACAAUGAUCUCUUCAUGCUGCUGGCUGAUCAUUCCAGAGAACAAUAAAGUAUUCAACUUAUUUUUGGAUUAAAUA